AAAUAUCUAUAACGAAAGAGUGAUUUAGACCGUAGAUUUAAUUUGUUGAUAUGGGAAACUAAUACUUGCUAAGCCGCUUCGAUUUGAUCGGCGAUAUCCAUGCGGACGACGGGUCCAACCGGUGAUCCACGAGAACCGGAGACCCUCUCCCUCGGGCAAGAUUGACAUUAGAAUCGUGAUCGAAGGACUGUGUGCGCACGCGUGUUCGGUCGAGCGGGCGCGUUUAGUGGUAAACGUACACGUGCAUUCAAAUGAAUCUAGUUGCGCUCCAGUAGUUUCCAGUAUCCGCGAAGAAUUUACGCGUAGCUAGUCUCUGUGAUCGAGUGUGUCGUACUGCAAGAAAACCGAAGAAACCUAAAGAGCUCCGUGCCACGUGACGACGUUGAUUAGAAAUUCGUAAAGAUGGUGUCUUCAGUAAUAGUGGAAAAUGGGAAAACCAGCCCACCAAGAAAACCUUCUGCAGUGGGUAUUGGUCCAGGCAAUUAUCGCUUAGUCGGUUGGGACAUGGAUACUACGGGAAAGAAAGUUAUUGACGAGAUAUGCCAAAUAGCUGGAUACACACCGAGUUCCUCUUACUCCCAAUACGUAAUGCCAUACAAGGACCUUGAUCCUCCAGCCAUGAAGAGGCACAAUAUGAAGAUCGUGACUAUCGGCAAGUUUCGCGCACUUAAAGACAAUAAAACGAAUAAGGUAUUAAAAACUAAGAGCGAGGUGUCUGCUCUGGCUGAUUUUUUAACAUGGCUAGAAUCUAUUAGAGGGGAUGCAGCCGAUGGUGUGAUAUUAGUUUAUCACGAACCGCGUAAAGUCAUCCCUGCCAUGUUACUUGAGUCAUUGAAGAAGUACAAUCUCCUAGACCGAUUUAAACAAAUUGUAAAAGGAUUCGCAAACGGAUUCAACGUUGCCGAAGUGAAAUACGCGAAUAUAGUUCGAGCUUACACGCUCAGGAUGUUGUCCCGUACUUUACUUAAUCAAGAAAAACAGUUAGACAAUGCAAAAGACAGAGCGUGCCUAGCUUUACAAAUAGUACAACACUUAAGUUCGUUGGAAGUGAUAAAGGGAAACGAUGCUAAUGGUAGUGGUGACAGUGAUAGCGCCAUGAAAAAAACUACCGAAUUCAUUAGAGAAUUCGUUCAACCGGUAGAGGUAGAGGAACAGGAGUACGCAGAAUUAAAGAUAGUUUUUGAACGUCAAAAUAGCUUGAAACCUAUUUUCGGAGUUCUGUUUCGCGUAAAUCGUCGGGAACGUCAACACGCUAGUCCAUUACGACGGCUACUUGCCGAGGCGGGGAUAGAAUACGCCCAGUUGCGAGAUGCCUGGAGCAACGGAAAGAGAGAAGGUUUAGAAAAACUAAUAAACGAAAAGUUGCCCGCGAUCGAAGAGAAGAAAGUCGAGGAUUUGCUAAUCCUCCUCGAGGGUCAUUUCGACCCUGAUAAGAACCCGAAGUUGAGGGUAUCGAUGGAUAAAACUGUAAUAAAAAUUGAAUCUAAGAUCAACGACGACAAGCAAAAUAAUAAUAAGUGUGAUUCAGGUACUGAAAGUCCGGACACCACUACCUCCGAUUCACCGCACAAAAUAAAGUCCGAAUCUUCUGACAACAGUACAAUCGUUGUAGAAGAUUAAGAACUGGAUUCAGUGUCCGUUCAUCCAUUCAGUGACUUUUAACUAAUUAUAAGAACAACAUUUCUUAUCGAUAACUGAGUUUUCUAAUCAUUCCGUUCGUUCUUAUCAUAACGUUAUUCUAAUGUGAUAAAACGUGGGUGUUAUUCGUUACAGUAUUGUAUUUAAGUUUUUAUUUUUGUUAUAACAGAGUAAACUAUGUAUCGUUGGACGAUACAGAACACUUAAUUUAGUUAACGAAAAGAUGAUGUACAAAUAACACAUUAAUUUUCCUUUAGUUAACGAUAAAAA